AUGCCAAACACGAAUAGAGCUGAUCUCGUCGACGCGCUGGCUAGGGCCCUCGGCAACGAGGCAGGGUCGUUCUCUCGUCCCGGCAGCGACGACUACGAGCAAAUCAACAACUCGUACUUCAGCGCCUUUGAAAACGAGCUCAGGCCUUCCUACAUCGUCCGGCCCAGUACAGUCGAACAGGUGCGCGCUCUGCUUGACGUACUGCGUCCCCAUGCCCUCUCAGGAUCAUGCCGCAUCGCCAUUCGCGGCGAAGGCAUCACCCUGAGCGACGGCAAGUCGGCUGUGGAGAUCGUCACCGGCGAAACGUGGACGACGGUCUACGCCGAACUGGACAAGCACGGCCUGACGGUUACCGGUGGGCGAGUCGGCCGCAUCGGCGUGGCCGGCUUCAUCCUGGGAGGUGGCUUAUCCCUGUUCUCGACCCGUAUGGGAUUCGCAUGCGACUCGGUCAUCGAGUUCAAGGUGGUGCUGGCCUCGGGCCAGCUCGUCCGCGCCUCGGCCGACGAGAACGCCGACCUUUGGAUUGCCCUCAAGGGUGGGCUCAACAACUUCGGCAUCGUGACUUCGAUCACCAUGAAGACGUUCCAGAGGCGGGACAUUUGGGGCGGCGUCACGUACUACAUGCCGGGGACCUUCUCGCAGAUCCUUCAGACGGCUUGUGACUUUGUGCAGAACGAGCCGGACGAGGACGUCCAGAUCAUGUGCAGUGCCGGCUACGGCUAUGGCCACCAGGCCGUAACCUGUAUCAUGUACCACACCCAGGGCAAGGUGAACCCACCCUCGCUGCAGCCCUUCACUGCUGUGCAACCGCAAAUCGAGCAGAUGGGGACCAUGAGAACCGCGACGCACACUGAUUUUUAUGGAGAGCUGUCAAAAUUCACCAGCGACGGCAUGAGACAAUACUACGCUUCCAUCACCAUCAAGCCAGACAUUGCCCUAAUGGAAGCGUUCCACAACAAGUGGCAGGAGACUCUUGCGACCAUCCAGGACGCUGAGGGACUCGUCUUCUCGUUUGGUUUCCACCCGCUGACCAAGGCCCUGCUCGCGAACUCGGCCAGAGCGGGCGGCAACGCCAUGAACAUACCUCCGUCCGACGGCCCGCUGUUUAUCAUCCUCAUCAACCCCUGCUGGACCCAGCCGCGGGAUGACAGCCGCAUCUUCGCCGCCGUGGAGGCCAUGUUGGCCGAGUUCCGCCGCCUUGCCAGGGAGAAGGAACUGCUGCAUCGGUAUAUCUUCACCAAUUAUGCCUAUCACAAGGAUGAUGUGCUUGCCGGGUAUGGCGAGGAGAGCCUGGCGAGGCUCAGGGUGGUGAGAAGAACGUAUGAUCCGGAGGGUUUGUUUCAGACAUGCGUUUCCGGCGCCUUCAAGCUGGGUGUCUAG